UUGUUCAAAGAUAAACUGCAUAUUUCAUAAAGGAAUUCAUCAAAACCGACACAUAAUGAAUACUAUAAACAGUAUUUCCUUGUCUUUCACAAUGGCCAUUCUUGUAGCGCUGAUGAGCUACAUCGAAGGCACGUCAAUUCAAGAAUGCGACAGAGUGCCCAAAGAUCUCGACAAUUUGUACCGAAAGAUGGCAAUAAAAAGAGAGUACUCUACCACGAGAUAUUCAAAGAACACAAAAAGAAGGUAUUCCGCUGGCAGAGCAGGAUCAACAUCGGGUGUAUCUUGGGGGAAUUCGGACCUUCGCGUGUACUUCAACCUGUCAAGCAUAAACUCGCGUGCACGUAUAUUCCAAGCCCAUCUAAUUCUUCAUCGUAGGGCGCCCUCUUUCCAGGAAAUGCUACUGUACCGACAGUCGUACAGACUGCUUCUUAAGGACAUAAACACGAGCAAAGUGAUAUACAACAGAACCGUAGCGAAAGACGACAGUCUCUGUCUGGUAAAAAACCUCCUACGAACAGUGAAACGCUGGCGAAUGGACCCGAAAUCAAACGAGGGAAUUUUACUUUCUGUCAAGGAUGCCGGACACUAUCCGACCUCCCUGAAAACGUUUUAUCCUGAGGGAAAUAUCAAAGUUCCCGCGUUGGCGCUGCGUUUUAACCCAGGGAAGAUAUUUUUAAGGAAAAAAAGACUGAUCGCGAGUCAAUUCAUACAAAUACUUAGCAAAAAGACUCGAGGAAGUUCAUGAAAAAGCUAUUGUAAAAUACCUGGACGAUAUGCGUUCGAGUGGACCUGAAGGACACUAGCCAUUUUUGCUGCGGUUUUCAUCUUUCGAUGGAUGUGAACAAGUAGAUGAGUUAGGUUUGUUCAGAUGAGAGCACGCAGAUGUGUAAAUAUUACAACUAAUUUACUCAUUCACAUCAAUCAAAAGAGGAAAAUACAGUAAGGGGCUGUUUACAUGAGCCCGGUUACCCGAGAUUCA